AUGGAAACGGCUACUAUUGACCUCCUUGACGUUGGAUGGACCGAUACUUCUAUCAGAAGGACGAUGCAGCGUGAAAACAUGUUUUUAGCCACUACUGUAGUGGCCUUGCUGGUUUGGGCUUUGGUUAAGUUCGUUAAUGCCUCUAAGCAUCCACUCUCGCGGUUUCCAGGGCCGUAUUCUGCACGCUUCAGCAACUUCUCGUACUGCAAAAGAUUCCUUGGGGGCCGGCAACCCUAUGAGAUGCUGGCGCUGCAUCAGAAAUACGGUUCUGUAGUGAGAGUAGCACCCAAUGAACUCUCAUUCAACAGUGCUGGCUCUUGGAGGGAUAUAUACGACAAGAGGAAGGGCCAUGAAGAGUUUUUAAAAAGCGAUUUCUACAGCGGAGGAAACUUUGCUGGUGAAGCUCUCUCCAUUGUCAGUGAGCGCGAUCCAGAGGUUCAUGCUGGCAUGCGAAAGUACCUUCGUGACGCCUUCUCGGAUCGAUCGUUACGCGAACAGGAAAGCCUCAUUAGCGGACACGUAAACCAUCUUGUCGACAGAAUUGGACAGGCGGGAAAUUGCCCAGGUGGUACAGACAUUGUCAUGUGGUUCAAUCUAGUGACGUUUGAUAUUAUUGGUAGUCUCGCUUUCGGCCAGUCUUUCAACGGGGUUGCUUCAGGUACUCAACACUUCUGGGUUUCAAUCGUAGUGAAGAGUCUUCGUAUGGGCGCUCUUGCCGACACAUUCAAGCGUUUUCCGUACCUUUCCUCAGUCUUCCAACACCUUUUCCCACAAGUCCUCAAAAGGCUGGUGGCGGAGUCACAGAAGCACGAGACCUAUACUAUGGACCUUGUUCAGAGGAGAAUCAGCCAGAAAUGCAAUCGCAAUGACUUCCUGUCCAAGAUAUUGGAACAUCGAGACAUUGACAAGAUCUCUGAUGUUCAGCUAGCAGCUCACUCUUCCGACUUCGUCAUCGCGGGCAGUGAAACGACGGCGACGGCACUUUCGUGUAUCACGUACUACCUGUUGAAGAACCCAAUUCAUCUCGAAAAGCUUCGCCAGGAAAUUCGAGAUUCUUUCAACAGGUACGAAGAAAUCGAUGGCGCUUCAACAGCAACCCUGGUUUUCACAAAUGCAGUAAUCCUGGAAGGCAUGAGGAUGUACCCGCCGCUCCCGAUGCCAUUACCGCGGGUCGUACCUGAGGGUGGUGAUAUUGUUGAUGGCCAUUUUGUUCCUGGUGGUACCAUUGUUUCCACAAAUCCUUUCGCAGCUUCGAUGUCACCCGAGAACUUCCAUGAUCCAUGGAGCUUUCGCCCAGAAAGAUGGACGCACCCAAACUCCGGAGAUGUCCUAGAGGCAAGCCAGCCGUUCUCCCUCGGUACCCGGGGCUGCCUCGGGAAAAGUCUUGGAUGGCUAGAGAUGCGUACCAUUCUUGUCAAAAUCCACUUCAAAUAUGAUCUCAACUUGGUAGAUCCAUCGCUAGACUGGCAGGCGCAAUCCAAGAUGCACACCUUAUGGCAGAAGCCUGUAAUGAAGGUUUCCGUUCGUUCGAGAUGA